AUGCUUCAGGUGGUCUACUUAUUUGUUUUUAUUACCUCAGUUGCUUUAAAUUUUUUAGGGAUGAUUAUGAGUUUGCUUAUUACAGUGGUCAUUUAUAAGACCUGGGUUAAAAGCCAUAGAAUCUCUUCUUCUGAUAGGAUACUAUUCAGUUUGGGUAUCAGCAGAUUUCUUAUGCUGGGAUUGUUUCUACUGAAUAUUUUCUACUUCAUUGCUUCUAAUGCUGAGAGAUCAGAAUACAUUUUAGCAUUUUUUUUCUUGUUUUGGAGGUUUUUGGACUCCAGUAGUCUCUGGUUUGUGACCUUGCUCAACUGCUUGUAUUGUGUGAAGAUUACUAAUUUCCAACACUCAGUGUUUCUCCUGCUGAAACGGAUUGUUUCCCAAAAGAUCACCAGACUUCUGCUGGUCUGUAUGCUGAUUUCUGUCAUUACCACCUUCCUUUUUUUGGUGCUCAGAUGGAUAUCACAUUUCUCUGAAUUUGUGACUGGGAGAAAUGGCACAUUGUUUGACCUCAACAAAGGCAUUUUGACUUUAGUGGUCUCUUUGGUCUUGAACUCAUUGUUCCAGUUUAUCCUUAAUGUGACUUCUGCAUCUCUGUUAAUACAUUCCUUGAGGAAACAUGUACGGAGGAUGGAGAGAAACUCCACUGGCUUUUGGAAUCCCCAGACAGAAGCUCAUGUAGGGGCUAUGAAGACAAUGAUCUAUUUCCUCAUCCUCUAUGUGCCAUAUUCAGCUGCAACCCUGCUCAUUUAUCUCCCUUCUUAUACAAGGAUGGGCCCAGGAGUCAGAACCAUUUGUAUGAUUAUUUCCUCUCUUUACCCUCUAGGACAUUCUAUUCUCAUCAUUCUCACACAUCCUCAACUGAAAACAAAAGCAAAGAAGAUUGUCUGUUUCAACAAAUAG